AUGGCAAGCAGCGAACCCCAAGAUGUGCCUGUGGCCAACGGAGAUACUGCGCCCGCAGAGACCACAUCGGCACCAGUGAACACUCAAUCUGAGCCUACUUCGAACUCAAUUGACCUCGAACUCCCCACGUCUGCCGCAGACGGCCUCAUACAGAAGCCUUUCCCUAAGCCGCUCGACGAAUCGAAGCCUAAUCCACCUGCACAGCUCACCCCCGACCAGCAAUCCAAGUAUGAUGCCCUACUUAAGACUGCUUCAUCAUGGACCACAGUUGCCACCAAGGCAGAGAAGAAUGCCCCGACCGAACCCAUCACCGAAGAUGAGCGCAUGUGGUUGACUCGGGAAUGUCUCCUGCGCUACCUGCGCGCGACAAAGUGGAAUGUUUCCGAGGCCGAGACCCGCCUCCAGAGCACUCUUACAUGGCGCCGCGAGUACGGAAUGGAGAAGUUGACUCCUGAAUAUAUCUCAAUUGAGAAUGAAACUGGCAAGCAAGUCAUUCUGGGCUUUGAUAUCAACGGACGGCCGUGUCUGUAUCUCUUGCCCUCCAACCAGAACACAGAGAAGAGCGACCGCCAGCUUGAACAUCUUGUUUUCAUGCUGGAGCGAGUCAUUGAUAUCAUGCCCCCUGGUCAGGAGACUAUGGCGCUUCUGGUCAACUUUAAGGAGACCAAGUCUGGCCAGAACGCCAGUCCCAGCCAGGCCAAGCAGACGCUUAACUUCUUGCAAAACCACUACCCCGAGCGACUUGGUCGGGCUUUGGUACUGAAUGUGCCAUUCCUCAUCUGGGGAUUCUUCAAGUUGAUCACACCCUUUAUUGACCCGUUGACUCGGGAGAAGCUCAAGUUCAAUGAGGACCUGCGUGAACACGUCCCGCCCAGCCAUCUGAUGAAGACCGUCGGUGGUGACGUUGAAUUCCGCUAUGACCACGACACCUACUGGCCUGCCCUGAAUAAGUUGGCUGGAGAGCGCCGUGAAGCUUACCGCGCCCGCUGGGUCAAGGGCGGUAAGCUCGUUGGUGAAUUUGAGAACUACCUGAAGGGCGAGGAUAUUCCCAGCCUGUCGCAAUCCAGCGGCGAGGCCAAGGAAUCGGCCUAA